GCAGACUACUGAGCGUGGGCAAGAGCCCAGGUAUCAGCACUCCCAAGUCCAAUCAGGGCUGAGUUCCUGGGAAAGUGUUAGGAGUAGCCAGAAGUUUGAGAAAGGGAAUGCGCCUUCAAAAGCCAUCAUGUCUUCUAAGCUGCUGCUCAGUAGAGGGUCCAGCUCUGAUGAUACUGACUCUGGAGUUAAGUUAAACCUAAAGAAGAUCAUUUGUAGUCUGCCCAGCUUUAAAAAAUCAGAUUCCUUCCAGUGGACCAGGGAAUCCAGGAAUUUAACAGGAUUUCAGGCCUUGACCCAUCUAUUCAAAGCAAAUAUUGGCACAGGUCUUCUGGGGCUGCCUCUAGCCAUGAAGAAUGCAGGCAUCAUAGUGGGUCCUCUCAGUUUGAUGAUGUUAGGUGUCAUGAUUGUACACUGUAUGGGCAUUCUGGUGAAGUGUGCUCACCACUUCUGCCACAGAUUGCAAAAACCCUUUGUGGAUUAUGGAGAUACUGUGAUGUAUGGGCUGGAAGCCAGUCCUUUCCUCUGGCUUCGGUCCCACUCUUUGUGGGCAAGGCAUCUCGUGAGGUCUUUGCUAAUCAUUACACAGCUGGGUUUCUGCAGUGUAUAUUUUUUGUUUCUGGCUGACAACUUCAAGCAGGUGGCAGAAACUGCUUCCAUCAGCAACAGAUGCCUGCAAAAUGAGACAACUAUGGGAAUGCUGCCUUCUCUUAAUCUGCACCUCUACAUGCUCACCUUCCUACCCUUUGUGAUCCUUCUGGUAUUUUUCCACAACCUCCUGAUGCUGACCAUCUUCUCCACUGUAGGCAACAUUGCCAUCUUGGGGAGUGUGGCCUUGAUCUUCAGUUACAUUACACAGGACAUACCAAAUCCUAAGAACCUUCCUUGGUCAGCAAAUUGGCAGACGUAUAGCUUGUUCUUUGGUACAGCCAUAUUUUCACUUGAAGGCAUUGGUGUGAUUCUCCCUCUUGAAAAUCAAAUGAAGUAUCCUAGUCACUAUACUCUGAUCCUGUAUAUGGUUAUGCCCAUCAUCAUUAUUCUUUAUGUCAGCCUGGGAACUCUGGGUUACAUGAAAUUUGGAGAAAACAUUCAAGCCAGCAUAACCCUCAACCUACCCAAUUGCUGGUUAUAUCAGUCUGUCAAGAUGCUCUACUCCAUUGGGAUUUUUUUCACCUAUGCGCUGCAAUUCUACAUUCCUGCAGAGAUUAUCAUCCCCCAUGUCAUCUCCUGGGUACCAGAACAGUGGGAAUUGUUGGUUGACUUAUCUGUCCGUGGAAUCAUGGUUUGUAUGACAUAUAUAUUUGCCAUGAUGAUUCCCCAAAUGGAGCUGAUUAUUGCACUGCUGGGUUCUGCAAGUUGUUGUGUCCUGGCUCUAAUCAUCCCACCACUUCUAGAGAUCUGUACCUAUUACAUGGAUGGUUUAAGCUCCUUCACCGUUAUUAAGGAUGUCUUUAUCAGUACCAUGGGCAUUCUUGGGUGUAUAAUGGGAACCUACCAAGCUUUCUAUGAAAUAAUCGACCAGACCUUUUUCAGUUCUUCACAAAAUUCCACCAGGGUCUUUGUAUAACUAUCUACUUUUAAUUGAACAUCUCUCUAUACUACGAUUUUAAGUGUUAUUAUACACACCUCACUCUUGAA